UGUGUUUUAGUACAUAUGUUGAUAACUUGUUUUGUGUUUCAGGCCAAAGAAAUAUUAGCAAAGGAAUCCAAUGUUCAGCAAGUAAAAUGUCCUGUGACUGUUUGUGGAGACGUCCACGGACAAUUUCAUGACCUGAUGGAAUUAUUCCGGAUAGGUGGAAAGUCUCCAGACACAAACUAUCUGUUUAUGGGAGAUUAUGUGGACAGAGGUUACUAUUCUGUUGAAACUGUUACUCUCUUAGUGGCAUUGAAAGUUCGCUACAGAGAAAGAAUUACAAUUCUCAGAGGAAACCAUGAGUCAAGGCAAAUUACACAAGUUUAUGGUUUCUACGAUGAAUGCCUUAGGAAAUACGGCAAUGCCAACGUGUGGAAGUUCUUCACAGAUCUGUUUGACUACUUACCGUUGACAGCACUGGUAGAUGGUCAGAUAUUCUGUUUGCAUGGAGGUCUUUCGCCCUCGAUUGAUACUUUGGACCACAUUAGAGCCUUGGACCGUCUCCAGGAAGUUCCCCAUGAGGGACCUAUGUGUGACCUGCUGUGGUCAGAUCCGGAUGACAGAGGAGGGUGGGGUAUAUCUCCUCGAGGUGCUGGCUACACAUUUGGUCAGGACAUCUCCGAGACUUUUAACCACUCCAACGGUCUAACUCUUGUGUCCAGAGCCCAUCAGCUUGUCAUGGAAGGUUAUAACUGGUGUCAUGAUCGAAAUGUUGUAACAAUUUUCUCAGCUCCUAACUACUGUUACCGCUGUGGAAACCAGGCUGCAAUCAUGGAACUUGAUGAUGCACUCAAAUACUCAUUCCUGCAGUUCGACCCAGCCCCCAGGCGUGGAGAACCCCAUGUCACUCGCAGGACCCCCGACUACUUCCUCUAAAUUAUGCCCAUAUCGCCUGCAUUCAAAUUGUAUAUUAAUAGAUUUAAUUUACAAACUGAUUACACAUUUCUUAUUCUAAUUGUAGGGCUUAGACGACUGUACAGACUUUUGGUUUAGGUUUGUGUGUUUUAACCCGAGGCUAAUAAUUAUGCAAAAAAAGACCUGCACGUCAUUGAGCCGAGUAAUCAGAUGUUAAGGUAAUGCAGGCAUCGCAUUUUUGAGUGCUUUUAAUAUUAAUUUAUGUGUUAUCCUCGCCUUAUCUCGUAUGUCUGUGUACAAUAUGUGUUAUGAAAAAUAUUAAUAAUUAAAUUCUUAUGUCGGAUAGAAAAGUUGUAAUUAUUUUACUAACUUUUACUGUAAAAUUAAAUUAAAAGUAUAAUCGUUUUGUUUUAAGUGAAAUUUUAAAUCCACUGCCAUUGUGGUAUUUCCGUUGUAUUUAUUAUUGCGAGUAUUUAAGACGCUGAUGUGUGAAAGUUACUUGACUGAUUCAUGAGUGGGGGUUCGACACCUUUUGUAAAAUAUAUCUUGCAAAAAUGUCUUAUAAUAGAUUUUUUAUGUCAACUACUCUUAGGUUUAUUGAUAAUGAUUUUGUAGAGUUAUUGUUAUCCGUAGGCCGAGAAAUCUUUAAAUAUAUUUUUCAACAACGCCUGUUCACUGUUAGAAAAUUUUAAAUUUAUUUUUCGUUAUGUAGAUAUUGUAAUGCAAUAGACUUUGUAAUUUGGAAAGAGUCCAAAAGCAUUUGUACGGCAUAAUUUGAUUCACAAUUGUUAAAAAGGAGUGGACUAAUCCCGGGAUUAACAUUCCACGGAACCUGUUCUGUAUCUGACUAACUAUAAACCAGUUUAUUUAAGGCAUGUUAACGAUUUAUUUUAUUCACUAUCUCACCUAGAAUGAUAACUUCGAAACGAAGUCUAAUUAGCUGGUAAAUGAGUUUUAAAUUACUUAGUUUCCUUUGUAUUCCUUUAUUGAAAGUAUUAUUCACUACAAAAUAAAACCCCAAAUUUUGGGUUCAUAUUCAUAAUUAUGUUCUGCCUUACACGUAUAAACAUAGUUUUUUUAGACAUAGUUAAUUAUUCGUUGUUCAAGAAACGUUAAUUUUUUGUGAUUAUAAGAAUAAAUCAGACUAUAUA